AAGGACCCCCUGGCGCGGUCCCGGCUGUCCUUCGAGAUGCCCGUCAACGCCCACCUGGACCUGUCGUCGCUGCGGCCCAAGACGAGGGCCAGCCGGCGCCACUCUGACACGUCCGCCGCCGCCAAGCCCGGCAAGGGCGGCCCCGGCGGCCCCCCCGCGGCGGCGGCGGCGGCGGCGGCGGCGGCGGCCGUGGUCACGCAGAACGAGCUCAAGGCGGUCCGCCUGCGCUCGGUCUCCCGCGGCGACCUGGACGACUGCCCCGACGGCGCCUCGGACACCAUCGAGGAGGAGGGCCACGGCCGGGACCCCGACGGCGACGCCGGACCCCCGCCGCCGCCCACCGCGCCCAAGCCCAAGCCCCCCGUGGCGGUGAAGCCCCCGCUGCCCAAGCGGCCGAUGAACCUCCUGUUCAAGGCGCCCUCGCCCGGCUCGGCCUCCACCUCGCCCCUCGCGCCCCCCGACUCCCCGCCGGGCUCCCCCCAGGAGCGCCCCGUGCCCUUGGGGAACAUCUACAAGGUCAUGAGGAAGCCCAAGCCCAAGAAGCUGUCGCCGCAGACCCCCAGCCCACCGGGGCCGCUGCAGACCCCCCAGCAGCAGCAGCAGCAGCAGCAGCAGCAGCAGCACCACAACGCGCCCUACGACCUCCCGUACCUCCCGCUGUCGCAGUCCCUCUUCGACCUGCCCCCGCUGCCCGACCCCCAGCCCCUGAUCGAGGACCCGGGCCUGGAGCCCGAGUCGGAGCCGGACCCCGAGCUCCGCGCGGGGCCGGAGGACGGGGGCUCGCUGCCGUCCCCCUGCAGCGGCAGCGAGGUGCCGGAGCUGCGGGGCAAGAGCAACACGCUGCCGUCGCGCAUCACCGUGUCCUGCCUGGCCGAGCUCUCGGAGAAGAAGAAGCCCAAGGUGCCGCCCCCCGUCCCUAAGAAGCCCAGCGUCCUGCUGCUCCAGGCGACCGUCCCGCCCGCCUCCAACGGCCCCGUGGACGGCCGCCCGCCGGCCCCCUCCCAGGACGCCAGCCCCCCGGGUCUGCCGUCGCCCGUCGGCGCCGCGCCACCGGAGGACCUCCCCUUCAGCCCGAUUCCUUCGGCCUUCCCGAUAUUCCCGGCUUUCCGGAGAGGGAGGAGAACCACGUGGAGGAGGAGGUGGAGGAGGAGGAGGAGGAGGAGGAGGAGGAGGAGGAGGAGGAGGAGGAGGAGGAGGAGGAGGAGAGCUCCAAGGGGUCGUGGCUUCAUGAGUUCUCGCUCCCGGAGCUGGAGGGGAAGACGGCGGGGGCCGAGAUGGGACCAGAUGAGAUUGAGGCGCACAACACCUCUCCAGCCAAUGAGAGGACAGAGCUCCACAUCACAGAGGAAACGGAUGACGGCAUUGGCCCUCACAUGCCCACCACUCACACCACCGAAGACCUCUUCACCAUCAUACACAGGUCCAAGAGGAAGGUCCUGGGCAGGAAGGAACCGGGCGACUCGUUCGGCAGUCGGCAGAACCUCGUCUCGCCGGUCAAGCACGCCGCCGCCUCGACGGCCAGCGCCAGCGUCGACAUCCGCUCCAUGACCUUGGGCUCGAGCCAGAGGUCGAGCUCGCGCAACGAGAACUUCAUGGCGCUGCUGCAGAAGAAGGGAAGCAAGACGUCCAGCGGCGGCGCCCGGGUCUCCGCCAUGGAGCUCCUGAGGAGCACCAACCCGCUGGCG